AUGGUUAAGAAGCGUAAUAAUACGUUGAAGAAAGUCCUUUUCUCCACUGUAUUGGGGGUUAUAGGUUUAUAUUUCUUAGUGAGGUUUCUAAAUAAUUCAAAAUCAACUGAUUUACAGACGCUGUUACAGAAUCUACCAAAAGAAGUUUCUCAAAGUAUUAACAAUGCUGCUUCAAAACAAAACUCUGAUACAGAUAUAAUUGCCAAAUUCGAUGCGUUGGCUAAGGAAAUCAGAUUGAAUCAAGAGGAACAAAUAAAACAAUUAGACAAACAACGUCGCAUAUUUGAGAAAAAAUUACAAGAAUUAAAACAAGCACCAACUGGUGCUACAUUACGUGAAAAAUUAGCUACCAUUUUUGAAUAUGAUUCUAGUGCUAAAUUUCCCGCAUUUAUUUGGCAGUUAACCAAAAAUCUUCCACAACAAGACCAGGAAGAUAAUGAUAACAACAACAAUAAUCAACUACCAGAAGAAUUUAGAGUUUGGGAUGAUAAAAAUCCUGGUUUUGUUCAUGAAGUAUUAGAUGACAAUAUUAUGAUUGCCUUUGUACGUCAUUUCUAUGCCAAUGUACCAGAAGUUAUUGAAGCUUUUGAGACUUUACCUUCUACUAUUUUAAAAAUUGAUUUCUUCAAAUACUUGAUUUUAUUAGCACGAGGUGGGGUUUAUGCUGAUAAAGAUACAAUUCCUCUUCAACCAAUACCAAACUGGAUUCCAGAAUCUGUUAGACCAAGUGAUAUUGGUUUAAUAAUUGGUGUUGAACAUGAUGCUUCAUCAAAGGAUUGGAAAAAUAUGUACGUUAGAAGGCUUCAAUUUAGUACAUGGGUUAUUCAAGCUAAGCCUGGCCAUCCGGUCAUCAGAGAAGUUGUUUCAAGAAUUACAGAAGCCACUUUACAACGUAAAAAGGAUAAUGAUUUGAACGUAAACGUUAGAAACGAUUUAAAUAUUAUGAGUUGGACUGGGUCAGGUAUCUGGACUGAUGUUAUAUUUAGUUACUUUAACAAUCCAAUUCAAAGCAGCAUUAACAGAAAAGUCACAUGGAAAGAAUUCCGUGCGAUCUCCAGUGCGAAACAAUUAAGUGAUAUAUUAGUUUUCCCAUCCUUUUCUUUCAAUGCACCAGAACAAAUGAGUGAUGAAGAUACGAAUAAAGCCUUAUAUUUCACUAUCCAUAAGGCGGAAAAAUCUUGGAAAGUGUUACCAAAGGUAGAAUAA